AUGUCCGGGCUGUUCCAAAACAUCAAGGAGGUCUUCUCCCCAGCUCCAUCGAGAAAAUUCAAUCCCGAUCCACCAGCACCCGCAGACGGCGACACUGGCAACCUGAGCGACGACAGCAUGCCGCGCGGAACCAAAAGAAAGCCCGACCCUUAUGAUGUGGUCGACGACGACGGAGCCGAGGAAUCCGCCGUCCGAACCCCCUUGGCUCAACGACUGAGCAGAUCGCGCGUGUCGAGUGAAGUGCCGUCAGGAUCCAAGCCACGACAGUCCGCUGGCAAGAUUAAGCGUCGCAGUCAAUCGUUGGCAAAGAGGUCAACUCCAAGAGGCGGAGCUCCUGUCGUCAGCCCGGAAAAAGCACCAGCCGAAACCACCAGGGACGAUGACGAUGACGAAACGGACUCUCGAGCAUCUAGGGCACCAGUGGCAAAUAUGGGCGGCUCUGAACUCACCAAACAGGGAGCCGAAAGCAAAGACCAGGAGAAGCUGAGUGAAGAGAAGCCAACUGAGCAAGACGCGGAAAAAUUGCUCGUCAAAGCUUUAGACGAGGGUCGAAGCGAUGGCGCCGACGGCGUGCAUGAGGUUGAGAAGUUGCUCCGACACCGAUGCAUCUCUGACGGAACUGUCGAGUUUUUGGUCCACUGGGCUGGGGAGAAAGAAGAAGAGGCCACCUACGAGCCUGAGGACGCGAUUCAAGACGGUGCUGCUGAGAUGCUGUAUGAGUACUGGAAAAAGCUUCGCGGUCGUUCUAAACAGCUCUUUGACAAGGAGAAGAACCGCGAGGCUUACUUUGUCUUCAAGAUCUUGGACCACAAGAAGGAAAAGUCGAUCAUGUCGAUGAAAGUCCAAUGGGUGGGAUAUCCAGGUACCGACGAAGACACGACCUGGGAGCCCGAGACAAAGCUCAAGAAAAUUGCGAAAGAAUCAUUGGACAAGUACUGGGAAGCGCAGGGCGGUCGAGAAAAGUACGUGGGGAAGCGCGGCCGAGGCAAGAAGGCAAAGAUUGGGUAG